AUGGAUUCUCAGGACAUCAGGCACCGUGGCGGAGAAGACAGAGACGCCGCAACGACGGCUAUGGCCGAGACAGAGAGGAAAAACGCUGACGACAACAAAGGCAAACGCGAUCAAAAGAGGGCCAUGGCGAAACGCGGCCUCAAAUCGCUGACGGUAGCGGUUGCGGCUCCUGUGCUCGUGACGCUCUUCGCGACGUAUUUCCUAGGCACAAGCGACAGCUACGGGAACCGAGCUCGAUCCUCGUCGUGGAUCCCACCUCUGUGGCUCCUACACACCACGUGUCUUGCGUCGAGCGGUCUGAUGGGCUUGGCUGCGUGGCUCGUAUGGGUGGACGGUGGCUUCCACAAAAAGCCCAAUGCUCUGUAUCUAUACUUGGCUCAGUUUAUGCUUUGUUUCCUCUGGGAUCCGGUUACGUUUCGGCUCGGGUAUGGAAUAGCUGGUCUUGCGGUGUGGUUGGGUCAGUCUGCGGCCUUGGUUGGAUGUUACAAGGCCUUUAAUGAGAUCAGUCCGGUCGCUGGUAAUCUGGUGAAGCCAUGUUUGGCUUCGGCUGCGUUUGUAGCCGCCGUUAAUGUAAAGCUUGCAAUGGGGUGA